GAGCCUCAGGCCGGAGCAGAGGUGGCACACGUGCGCCUCUGCUUUCUUUCCACCACCUGCUCUGGACUGGAAUCAGAGGGUCUCUUCCUGGACACCAGGGUGCCGCCAACGCGCUGAUGCUCUGAGUGCUGGCUCGCAGGGCUUCCCGGUAAUCAUGCCGCCGCCGCCGCCGCCCGCUGCUGCCUUGGCACUGCCCCUGCUACUGCUACUGCUGGUGGUGCGGACACCGCCCCCGACCAGCGCAAGGCCGUCCCCAGGCCCGGAUUACCUGCGGCGCGGCUGGCUCCGGCUGCUAGCGGAGGGCGAGGGCUGCGCUCCCUGCCGCCCGGAAGAGUGCGCCGCGCCGCGGGGCUGCCUGGCUGGCCGGGUGCGCGACGCGUGCGGCUGCUGCUGGGAAUGCGCCAACCUGGAGGGCCAGCUCUGCGACCUGGACCCCAGUGCCCAUUUCUACGGGCGCUGUGGGGAGCAGCUGGAGUGCCGGCUGGACGCAGGCGGCGACCUGAGCCGCGGAGAGGUGCCAGAGCCGCUGUGCGCCUGCAGCUCGCAGCGGCCGCUCUGCGGGUCCGACGGCCGCACCUACGCCCAGAUCUGCCGCCUGCAGGAGGCGGCCCGCGCUCAGCCCGACGCCAAUCUCACCGUAGCGCACCCAGGGCCCUGCGAAUCGGAGCCCCAGAUCGUGUCACAGCCACACGACAUCUGGAAUGUCACCGGGCAGGACGUGAUCUUUGGCUGUGAGGUGUUCGCCUACCCCAUGGCCUCCAUCGAGUGGAGGAAGGACGGCUUGGACAUCCCGCUGCCCGGGGAUGACCCCCACAUCUCUGUGCAGUUUAGGGGUGGCCCCCAGAGGUUCGAGGUGACUGGCUGGCUGCAGAUCCAGGAUGUGCGCCCCAGUGAUGAGGGUGUCUACCGGUGUCUCGCCCGAAAUUCACUGGGCCAAACGGAGGCCCCUGCUACCCUGACGGUGCUCACACCAGACCAGCUGAACUCCACAGGCGUCCCCCGGCUGCCGUCACUGAGCCUAGUUCCAGAGGAGGAGGCUGAGAGCGAAGAGGGCGAGGACUACUACUAGGUCCGGAACCCAGGGUGUGGAGGCUGGCUCAGUUCUGGAAAAGCCCCUGAAAGCGGGAGCAGGGUCCCCUCAUGGAUUGCUCCAAGGCUCUUAGGACGAGCAAUCAUGGGGGCGAUGGUAAGGGAGAGACAAGUCGCAGGAGGGUAGGGAGAGAGGUCCUGGUUCCUUCUGUUACUUUCCUUUGCUUAGCCUCAGUUUGCCUUAGCUCAAAUUUCACCUUCCACAGGUUUCCCUCUCUCCCUUACUAACUGCAAGUACUUUGCUGCUGGCCAUCUGUCGUGCGAGAGAGCACAGGGGCGCGUGGCUUAGGUUAGCACCAAGCCAGCUCCACAUCUUACACCACUCUGUACUGGACACAGCCUGGCACAGGGCUGGGCACAGGAAGCACCAAUAAAGAUUUAUAAACACACAGAGCCACACGUCUGCACGGACUGUUCACACAGAUGUGCACGUGAAGACCGCACAUC